AUGUGUGUGAUGCUCGGAGCAUUGUGGCUGUUGAAAUGGCGCGCUUAUCGAGAGUUCAUCCUCCCGACGGUGCUAGACGGAGUCAGAUACGAGUUCUUCGAGGUCCUUGGUGGGUUCGACUUCAACGAGCUGUUUCGGUUUGAGAAACCUCCCUUUCUUCGGCUUUUAGCGGCGCUCGAGCUACCUGCUCAGCUCGAGAUAUCGACGGUUAGCAGUCACCCUUCGGAGAUUGGCCGCUCCCACAACGUGCUUCGAGAUCGCCUCUUCUGGGGUAUGGGGGGGACUCUUUUGUGUGAAGUGUUCAACGCGACGAUAGAGGCAAUUCACGAACGGUGGGGGCACCUCGUGGACGAGUUGCAAAUAGAUGCGAUCCUUCCUAAGGUAGACUCCUUCUGUGAGCCUAGACGUUGGCAACGCCUCCACUACAACAGGUGGAAGCGCUUGCAUGCACUCAAGUACCAGUCAGUAGAUUCUCCUGAUGGUAUCAUUCGCCAGCUCUGGGGACCGUUGCUCGGUCGCCGUCAUGACGUAACGCUGCUUGGGCAGAGUGGGUUGCUUGCUGUUACGAUGAUCCACUCCAACGACGCGGCGGGUGAGCCUUAUUACGUAUAUGGAGUCCCGGCGUAUCAAAUUUCCCCGUGGCUACAGGCUCCGUUCAGAGGAAUCCUGACCGCAGGUCAACAGGCGUUCAAUACCGCCAUGAGCGGUGUGAGGGGCAUUGUUGAGUGGGGGUUCGGUAGGAUCGUCGCCCAAUGGCCGUACGUCGAUUACCAUAAGAAGCAGCAAGUAGCACUGAGCGCAUGCGGCCUUGGCAAGCAGUAUGCCGUCGCAGGCAUGCUGACAAAUUGCCAUAAUUGCUUCUACCCGAACUCAACUGCCCAGUACUUCGACGUCCAGCCCCCGUCGCUAGAGGAGUACCUACUCGGGGAGGGAUAA